CCGAAACUUUAUUUCUGGAAAUCUCCAAAAGGGUCAGGGCCCGCGGACGAAAUCAAUCCUCCUCCUCAAAUUCGGCUGUUGAAGCUUGGCUACGGGACAAAAACCCACUAUCCGCUGCGACGUGGACACCUCAUCCCGCUGCCCUUGCGCUACUGUAAAUAGUCACUCUCACUAAUGUUCAUUUUGGUGCUGCGUGAUGUGAUGCCUCAGUUCAUGAUGCACGUGCAUACGGACGGACAGGGGCUGCUAGGGAGACAAGAUAAAAUGAAAAAAGAAUUUGGGCUGUAACAGUUGUUGCCGAUGUUUUACGGCAUCUCAAGUCUAGACUUGGCUAUUCUGUGCCUCAUGAGGAUCACGGCCUCGAUCUAGAUCAUGCAUCAACGUCUUUUUAACUGUCGGGUUCAGCUACUGUCGUCGAUUCUACACUCGAUCAAACAGAGGCACAGCCACGACGCUCUCCCGUAUUGCCAUGCAUGCAGAGACGAGGCAGCUUGACAGGGAUUGAUUUUCUAUCUGGAUGUUGUGAUGUCAGAUGCAUCCAUCAACACCACAUCCACAACCAUAAUCAUUGAACCCGUCCACCAUCGAGUUAGUUAGUGGGAAUGAGCACAAACACUCUUUCGCUGUCUCUGUCAAAAGUCAAUGAAUCAACCCCGGUGACGAUCCGGAUCGGAAUGUUAAUCGUCUCCCCUUUUAGGACUUGGGAGUGUCUGCCAAGCCUGGAAAUCUCCGCUACCUUUUGAGAUUCGGAGACUCAGAGGCUCUUUCAUUCUCAUUCUCAUUCUCAUUCUCAUUCCCGUGGCGCUACCAUUUCAAUUCAUCACAGCCCAACUGACUCCCUCACUUCGGAACAUUCAGUCCCGUCCUCGACGACGCCAAUGACAUCAACUACAUUAGCUUCCUUUUCUUCUUCCCCCGAUCUCCAAGUGAAAUCACGUCUCCCCAUAACGGUAGCUUCAUGACGAUCUGACUUACAGUGCCGUCACUGUAUCUGCGAUCAUAAUUACCUGGUGAGCUCCAUUGGUUUGUUUACUUGGCUAUCACUCAUGAUCAUUGCGCUACUGUUCAUCUAGCAAGAGUCGCUCCAUUCAGUGCCCCUCUCUUGAUCAUUAGACCAUCCUUUGUUCUUUUGGUCUGUCAAGGUUGAAGCCCAUCAGUGUCUUUGAAUCCCUUCAACGACAUCAUGACUUUCUCUCUCUCACCGCUUGGCGAUAGAGAUACAACAGUCAUUUCUUCAGAACUGGCCUCAAGAUCUGAGAACGAAAAUACUAUGAUCACGACUUCAUCUACGUACCCCAGUCAAUCAUACAUUCCAAAGGGCUAGACUCUCCACAAAUGCAUGCGCCAUUCUUCAUCUGGCCCUAGCGCAAUCAGGAUGAUGCUGGUUCAGCUGAAAUGGUCUACUCUGGCGUCAAGCUCUCACUCUCAAACUGGCACUGACUGGGCCGAGGUACGUGCCUGUAAUUUUAUCUUGACGCAUCAACCUUCAAGAUGUCGCGUCUCGACCAAUGACAUCUCCUCUGACGUGAAUUUAUUGAAUUCCCACAUGUCUCCCUCAAUUUUUGGCUUUGCUUUGCUUGCAGCGUGGCCGUGACCGUGACCGUGACCGCAAACGUCGCCUAACAAAGCAUAUUGCGGCUUCACAAACUGGGCCUCCCAUGGAUGGCUGCGUCACUAUUACGGACUGCUCUAGAACGUUGUUCCCGUCUGUAACUUGUCGUGAGAGUCAAGACGAGGCCUCUUGAUUGUACAGCCCUUUGUUCAACACAAGCACAGUCACGUGUGCAUUGCCGUACAACCAUCGGCUACAAUCCCUUGGUUGUCUUUGGAUCUGAGUGUCGGCAUUUGUGUUUCACCCUUGUGGUUGUUUGCUUAAACAUUCCUAAUCUACUCGGCGUAAUAGUUGCCUCAAUUGUUGUCGUGUAUACAGAGCAUGUCAAGUCUCAUCGUAGAGAACCUUGGGUAACGAACCGUUGUUGAUUGAGGCUUGGAAUCUGGGCUUGGAACACAAAGAAUGGCUUCAAUACAAGUUGCCCUUGAUGAAGCCUACAUUCCCUGGGCUAUGCAUUAGAAAUGCAACACUCGACCCUGCAUAAAGAGGCGAGCUCCUAGUGCACGCAAAGCUGUGAUGCCUUGUUUGUACAACGGCGAACAGAUGUUUGUAUGAGAGGAGCAAACCCUUUCCUGUUGUACCAGCGUGGAACGUAAGCCGAGAUGCUAGCUUGCUCUUUGGAGGAAAUGAAAUGGUAGAUUCGUAAAUCGAUACCACUGGCUGGAUAUGGGAGCAUGAGUUCGCACUUCAUUCACAUCGACUGUGGCUCGCCAACAAGAGCAGCGCGACAAGACAAACUUUUGUGCUAAGAGACAUAUCCUAUCGAUCUCUGUGAUACUUGGAUAGACGUUUAGUGCUCAACAAAUGACCAAGAGUACCUUGAUUGUUAAUGGCUCGAUGCAUCUGACACUCGGGGUUUCCGACAACUUUUAACCAAAAAGACAAAGAAACGAACAAUUUGACUGUUUUCGAGUCUUUUGGUUGCUCAAACAAUGUCUAUGCGCCCACCAUAACCAUAGAGAAUGGCACUCUCAACAAAGAACUGGUUUCUUUGUUCUUUGAAUAGCAUCAAAUCAAUCACCCGGCCUUGCAGGCACCAACAUUGAGACAGAAUACUAGAAAUAAUUCUUUAUGUCUGUUUAAGAAUAGAUAUACUUAGCAUCCUCUCAAAGACAAGUCUUCCUGUUCAGCCCUCUGUGCCAUCAAUCUGUGACUCUCUUGCCACUCUGUGCCAACACCUGUAUUCUAGUUCAUGAUGGUCUCUUUGCGAGCAGCGGGAAAGCAGAAGGAGGGCACUCAACCUCUCUGCGUUCCUUCUAACGAUUACGCAACCUCCUACAGAUCCAACUGGUUCACUCCAGACAAUGGCAUCUUAGACCUAGAUGAUCUCGAACUUCUACAGCACAUCAACUGCUCCUACUUCUCGUCCGGCCGCCCUCCCACCCUUCUUGCCCUCAAACAGCAUGCACAAUCUCUCACCAACAUCAUCCGCAAGCUUGCUCCGUCUACUACCACUCGUCCUGUAGGCUUAGGGGAUGUCGAUUCUGGAAGAUGGAUCUUCCACAAGAACGAGGCUUUUGACUGGCUGAACGACCUCAAUACUCCUUAUGAGAACGAUGACCCGUCUCACCAUGAUCCUCUUUUUGCUCUUCACAAUGUUGUCAAGUCUGAGUCUGAAGUGCACGGUAUCGAACAUCGUUGUCCUUUGACACAAGUCGAGGAUUUUGGUCCUUCGGCCAAGGAGGGGGAUGUCCGUCGUCCUUAUAUGACACACCACGAUCUGAUCAUGCAUGCCAACGAGUGUCUUGAAAUCAUUGAUCAUGAGUACUCUUCUACUGGCGGUUUGAUGUCGAUUCUUCCAACUGGUUUCGAAGACCCUGAUGACAUGAAAAAAAACCAUCCUUUGAGAAUAUCGCAACUCGAAGCUGCUCGCAAUUGUCUUCUUGGUCAAUGGAUUCUUCAUCAUCAGCAUCUCGUCGGUCGUCUACACGAACUCGAAAUCAACUACGCCAACGCUACCGAUGUCCUCAAAGGAGAAGCCCUCGUCCCGCAUCAGAUGCUGAGCCGUACCGGUGCCGAUGGCGUCUCAGGGGGUCGCGAGAUUGUCUAUCCACAGGAUAAGUACAUCCUCGUGAACUGCGGCGAAGAUAUCAGAAGCUACAUCCACCGUCUUUUGGAUGUCGCCGAAGCUCAGAUAGAGCAGAAAGAGAAGAUCUGGAAGGCAAGCGGUGUAAUUGGCGAAAGAAUCUGGAACGAAGAACGAGGCGGCAAGGUCUACGCCAAAGGUAUUGUCCCUAUAGAUCUCCUUACUCGCUUCUAUCGCAUCAAGGGCAAGGGCCAUCAGUCUCCCCUCUUUGUCAUACCAGCAGCCGAGCAACAUCCUGGUGUGGAGAGCACACGACUCAUGGAGGAGAGACCAACCGUAGUGUCCAUCGUGACUCCAACAUGGCCUGAGCGGGUGUCUGCCAUUGAGGCAAAGAACAAAGAGCGUCUGGAGAGGGCGGAUAAGUUGGUAUCCGAGAAUCAGUUCCUGGUUCGUGAGAUGGCUGAGUUGAAAGAUAAAAUGGCUGUUCAGAAUUCAGAGAUCAAGCGCAUGACUGAUCAGUUGGCUUGGUAUGAAAAGCACACGGAAACUGUUGACAAUGAACCACAGGAUUAA